AUGACAACACGCAGCGAGCGAGAUAGGAUCUCUCGCUUCCGCCGCUCCCUCACAGACUUCUUCAGAUCGGUCAAACCGCAGCUUUCGGCGUCACACGAAGGAGAUUGCACUUCAUCAAAUCUUCCUGGUAGCCAACAUACUUCUUCGAAGCGAAAGGCAUCGGCUUCAGCACCAUCUUCGCCGCUGUCCUAUCGGUUCAAGCGAAAGCGUCCGAUCUUAACCCUACCUUCACCCAGUCCCACUCCAGCCAAAGCUGUUAAACCGACAUCCACUGCCUCUGAGCCACUUCUGAUCCCUCCACCAUCAUCAACUCCGCCAUCUUCGGUUCCAAGGGAGACGGUAGUCCUUCCACCAACUCCCUUCCCUUUCGCUCAGACCCUUGACGAAGAGUCAGACUCUAGUCUGGGCAGUCGUUCUGACAGAAGCCGAUCAGUGUCCUCUGAAAGCAUCGACAGUCUGGCAUCUUCAGGGAAACCUCGGGCUUAUGGGGCCAAACAGCAACGACAAGAUGCUGCAGAUGCGAGGCGAGUGUUGAAAACGAUACAACAAUUCAAGGCGGAUGAAUACGCGGUGAAAAAGGGUGGGCCUGGUGGAAAGUACUUGAUUGAGCGAACACUUCGCUAUCGUGGCUAUCAGAAGUUGUGGGAAGAACUGGAGAAGGAGGAAAAUCAAGAGCUGCUGGACUAUGUCAAGGGAGACAAGCUUCGCUUCGAUUAUAUACGCCGCCCUUGUAAAGGCAGCAAGCAGUUCGUGAUCCACAUGCCAUCUAGCUUUCACGAGACGAUGCUUAUAAGACUCCAUGACGAGAUUGUGCAAUGGCUUAAUUCCAUACGAUCAGGGACACUUUGUACGGUUGAGAGCACCAAAGAGGCGACCAUGGACGCGGCGAAGAAGAUAGGUUCUACUCUGGCUACGACGGUGGAGUGCAACGCGCCUCACGGCGACCGACUGGAACCUGAUCUUUCUUAUACUUCGGAGGGCUGCUCGAUUGCUGACCUGGUCGUAGAAGUGGCAUGGUCUCAGCGCAAGUUGAAGUUACCAGAAAGGGCAACGCGUUUUAUCACAGAGACGGAGGGCGCAAUUCGAACUGUUGUCGCUUUGGAUUUGAAUGACAUCUACCGUGGCAGCCGCUUGGCGACAUUUUCGGUAUGGAAAGCCCAACUUGACGGCGACAAGUGGACCCGGGCUACAGUGGUUGACAAUCAGAUGUUUCUCGACGAAGACGGACAAGCCGUCAAAGACUGCUCGUUGCGUCUCUGUCUCAAGGAUUUUAUAUGUGAAGCGGAGGAGCGUGAGCUGGAAGCCUUUGAGAAUGUGUCCUUGAAUAUACCUUCGACCAUGCUUCGUGAUUUCUACCAAAUUGCCGUCAGAAAGAAUGUGAUACGUGAGGUAGAGAAUGGGAUGAAAGAAAUAAUGAAGAAAGUCAACGAUGCCGCCAAGGAGAUGCUUAGGGCGAGGAAGAUGAUACAAGAGCAAAAGGCCAAACACGCCAGGAAUCACACAGUCAUGGCAAAGAACGACUUGGCCGAGGUAAGGAGGGUGAUCUGCAAGGCGGAAGAAGAUAUCAACGAGAUGAAGCAUACGAUGAUCGAUGUGAAGGAGAUGAUGGACGAGGUAGGCGAUAAGCUGCCGAGGGUGGUGAAAAAGAAAGUCGAGGUAGAGAAUAGGAUGGCCGAAGUCGAAACUGAGAUGGCUGAAAUGCAGGAGGAGGCAGAGAAGAUUGUCGAAGCAGAGGAAGCAUCUGAGGAGGAGGCUUCUGAACCCGAGCAUAUCACCUCAGAGGAAAGUGUCGCAGAGACGCCUGGAAGUGAUACGUCGCGUGCUACUCAACCACCACCUGCGUCUCCACGAACCCCUACGAAGUCGACGCGAUGGAGGUUUCGUUCCCCGCUGAAAACAUCCCCCAAACACUAA